AAAGAAAAACGCCUGCUGCUCUCCAAACUUUGGAGUCUCUCUCAACGUCUGUCCCAACCACCCCGGAAGAAGCCAGCUUUCUUGCACGAAACUUUGCUUUCAUCGCCCCCUUCAGCGGACUUUCCCACUCUUUCCCUCCUCUAUAAACACACGCCCACUCUCUCUCUUUUGACCCAUCACCAGCUUCACUCCCUCUCUCUCUCUCUCUCUCUCUAGAACCCAGCAAUGGCCUCGGCCCUGGCUUCCCACGCCACCGCCGCGAAUACCCUCUUGGAGAGACCCUUCAUUUCCUCGAGGCCGCUCCAAAGUUCACAGCUUUCCGCCUCCGCCAUCCCGAGGGCCAGAUCCUUGAAGGCCCUCCGGGUGAAGUGCUCCGUCGCCGCGGCGGCCGCGGCGGCGCCGGCGAAGGCGGCGAAGGAGGGCAGGGUGAAGUCGGUGAGGGCGAGGCAGAUCGUCGACAGCAGGGGUAACCCGACGGUGGAGGUUGACCUCAUCACGGACGAUCUGUACCGAUCCGCCGUGCCCAGCGGGGCCUCCACUGGGAUUUACGAGGCGUUGGAGCUGAGAGAUGGGGACAAGAGCGCGUACGGGGGUAAAGGCGUGCUCAAUGCCGUCAGGAACAUUAACGAGGUUCUUGGUCCUAAGCUCGUUGGAGUUGAUGUCAGGAAUCAAGCUGAUGUAGAUACUAUUAUGCUAGACAUUGACGGAACUCCGAACAAGUCGACCUUGGGGGCCAACGCUAUAUUGGGAGUGUCUCUUAGCAUGUGCAGAGCAGGUGCAGGAGCAAAAGGAGUGCCCCUAUACAAGCAUAUCCAGGACAUCUCCGGAACAAAGGAACUUGUCAUGCCGGUACCAGCAUUUAAUGUGAUAAAUGGAGGCAGUCAUGCGGGGAAUAAUCUCGCUAUGCAAGAAUUUAUGAUCUUACCUGUGGGUGCAACCUCAUUUGCUGAGGCACUACGCAUGGGUAGUGAAGUGUAUCAUAUUCUAAAAGGGAUCAUUAAGGCCAAAUAUGGACAGGAUGCAUGUAAUGUUGGAGAUGAAGGUGGAUUUGCUCCCAAUGUUCAGGAUAAUAGGGAGGGACUUGUUCUGCUCAUGGAUGCGAUUGAGAAGGCCGGGUACACAGGAAAGAUCAAGAUAGGGAUGGAUGUUGCGGCUUCCGAGUUCUUCUUGAAGGAUGGGAGAUAUGACCUAAAUUUCAAGAAACAGCCAAAUGACGGGGCUCACGUGGUCUCUGCGCCGAGCCUUUGUGAUCUCUACAAGGAUUUUGUCAAAGAUUUCCCUAUUGUCUCCAUUGAAGAUCCAUUUGACCAAGACGACUGGAGCUCAUGGGCAUCUCUUCAGUCCUCAGUUGAUAUUCAACUUGUGGGAGAUGACUUGUUGGUUACUAAUCCAAAGAGAAUAGCUGAAGCCAUUGGCAAGAAGGCUUGCAAUGCUUUACUUUUGAAGGUAAACCAAAUCGGCACAGUGACUGAAUCCAUUCAAGCCGCGCUCGACUCAAAAGCUGCUGGUUGGGGGAUAAUGGUCAGCCAUCGCAGUGGUGAAACCGAGGACAACUUCAUUGCUGAUCUUUCCGUGGGUUUGGCUACUGGACAGAUCAAGACCGGAGCUCCUUGCAGAAGCGAGCGGUUGGCAAAGUAUAACCAGCUCCUACGCAUUGAAGAGGAACUUGGCAACGUUCGUUAUGCAGGCGAAGCUUUCAGAUCACCCUAGAGACAAGCUUGUAUUCUACCUUUCAUACUCGUAAUAACGCGGCACGGUGCCAAAAUUUGCAGUCAUCAGAAAUUGACGAGGUCCGGGCAAGAGUUACGUUGCAGCUACAUUUCGAGAAGUUUUGGCAGAUUAUCAGCAUGCUUGUGAUCAAGAGCUCAUACUCAGUGGAGGCAACUGACGUUGAGCUUCUGUUUGAAUAAUUUUGUCCUUGGACAAACCUCGUGGUUUUGUAUUUGGUUUUUAUAUGAAAUUGAAGUGGCCAUCAGCUGGUUCCAAACAUGAAAUAUACUAACUGUAGCAAUAGUUGAAUGCCCGUUUCUUGAGCUAAAGGCGUUAUUCUA